AUGAAAGCCUACCUCCAGAUCGAAAAAUAUGACACUCUGGAUGCCGCAGUGAUGCCGACGCUGCUCGAGGAGAUGACUCGAAUGUCUUCCUCUAUCUCAUAUGGGAGACAGCUGUAUAUGAUCCUGGCAAAGUGGCGAGAGCUCUGCAAGCAGCGAGGGAUCUUGAACAUCGAAGAGAGAAAAGCUCCAGAACUUAUGGAAGAGAAAGCACCGGAGCCUCUCUGCUGGCGACAAGUGGCAAACGUUGGUGGCUUGACGGUCGUGGCGGCCGAGCUGAUGUUUUGGAAGGGUACCGCUGACAUCAAGGACGUCCGAGGCCGAGCCAGCAGGGGAUUUGCUGCUCAGUCCGACGGCUUCACGAUUUCUGAGGAGCUGAGAUCCUGUGGCAAGCGGGACCAUGAGCUCGUGGGGGCGACUCUCAAGUCUUUGGUGCAAGACCUUUCGGAGCUUUUGGACGACAACUCGGGCCCGAUUCGACUCCUCAUGCCACAGGACACCGCAAAGGCUGUUUCGCAGAAGCACGUCGAGGACUUGCUCAUUAGCCUUGCAGGGCGGCUAGAGGUGCAGGCGUACUCAGGCUCUCCGACCUGGGACCAGUUGGUGUCUGAAAGCCAUGCGAUGGUCUUGCUGUACCACAACGCGAUAGUGCCUGCGAGCUCAGAAUGCUGGACUUUGCCUGGGGAGGCCACUUGCGGACGGAGGGCGAUCAAUGCAGCGCCGGUGCUGAUGCUUUCAAUCCUCCAACAUGGUGUUCGGAUGAACAUGCCAGGUACUUACAACAAGAUGGCUCGCUGGCUACAACAAGCUUACAACACCGAAAUGGACUCGGAGGAGGAGGAGCCCCAAGAUUUCUUCUCGCAGCUGUCACAGGCUUUUGUCUCCUCGCUUGGCGAAGAUGCUCCAAAUCUUUUUGACUUGAGGUCAAAGACUUCGGCUGCCACACGCUUCCUCCGCACGAAGCUUUACUUGGUCAUUCGCAAGGCGUAUGGCAAUACGUGGACGAAGCUUACGACUCCAAGGUUGCAGCAGCUCAAAGCCGGCGAGAAAGAAGCCAAGCUGCUGCUCCGAAGGCAGCGGGAGAGGGAUGCUGCCGCCGCAGUUAUGGAAGCUGACCUCUCACAGGCUGUUCAGAACCUCAACCUCGAGCGCUUUGAGGAGAAGAGCCGUUUCGCACAGCAGGAGCAGAUGCUGCCGGAAGCAAAAUUGCAGUCACUUCGGGAACAGAUGUCGCUUGCCAUUGUUGCUGCGCAGGCUCCAAUCAAGCGGCUGACCGACACGUGCUGCAGCAGCAUCGAUGGAGCAUUAAAUCCCCAGGUGCUGCAAGCAUUGCAAGCCGAGCUCGCAAGCACUCGGCUCACAACGUCCAAUGUAUGGUUGCAGGCAGGGCUGGAGUUGAAGCUCGCCUUGGAGGCUCUGCAGCAGCUGCAAAUUCACACGAACGAGUUUCUCAGUGGGCACGGCUCCACAGCGUCUAUGCCCAGUCAGAUGCCUGGCGAAGGCACUGGCCGAAGCUCCAGAGCGGUCGCCACGCUUGCAAAGGACGUUGCCGAAGCGAAGGGGUGCUUGGGUCGCUUUGAGCGGCGCCUGAGUGCCACUGGCAGAGAAGUUUCACCCGAGGGCAUCCAGCCUUUGAGGCGGUUUGUGUCCGAGUGCGAUGCCAGACUCGUCGACGCGAGACAUGACGACGAGCUAUUCCAGAUUCUUCAAGCACCGCCGUGGGGCCGCAAGACGCGGCUCUUCGCCGGUAUCACAGAAGCGGCGUGGCAAAAGCUCCAGGCUGCGGCAGAUCAGGCCACCGACAGCGCACGGCAAAGGCUACAAGAGCAGCUGCAAGAGGCGCACUCUUUGUUGCAGCUGGCCGAUCAACUGCGCGAGGCCAUCAAAGGCGACAACGAAACCAUGCUCGAGACUCUACUCCGAGCAGCUGAGAAACUUAACAUCUCUGGCUUGGACACCGCAAAAAGCCGCUGCGAGCAGCUGAGAAGCAUGAGGUCUGACCUCCAGAGAAGCCUUACAGCUGCGGUAGCAGAACUGGAUGUCGCCACUUUUGAGACAUUGGAAGCUCGUUGUGGGCAACUGCCUGCGGAAGAGGUCGAGCAGUUCAGGCAAGAUCUCUACUUGUCGAUCUCAGAGGAGGAACAACAACUUCAAGAAGAGAUAAACUCCAGCGACGCGUCGGAGGAGAGUUUGGGAGCAGCUUUGACAGAGUGCAGGCUGCCCUCGCAGAAUUCAUGGCGACGACUUGCCGAAAGCUCCCUCACAGCUCUGCAAGCUAUCAAUCGGAUCCGCAGUACAUUGGCCUGCGUGCCAGUCGAUGAGAUGGGGCUUCAGGCACGUCUGAGCUCUGGCAGUUUUGCGGCCAAAGAGUUGCAAAAGUUGUCAGCCGAGGCUCAGAACCUAAGCAAAGGUGUGCAAAUCAAUGCAACUUUGUUCUCGACCCUGCAGACGGCCUUGGAUGAAGGCUAUGUAGGGCUUGCCGGAGCACAAGCAGAUCAAGCUUUGGAAACUCUCCUGAGCUCCGAGAUGUGGAAGGAUCGGGAUUGGAAGUCCAUCCAGCCCAGUGAUCUGCGCGAGUUAGAAAUCCGGGCGGAAGAGGCAACCAAAGCAGGCCGCGACCGCUUGGCUGAACCGCUGCAGACUGCAUUGGAGGUGGGGCGGCGCUCUGUGGAGCUGGCUGCUGCAAUGAGAGAGAAGGAUGCGGAAAAGCUCGAAGCCUGCCUGGAGAAGGCACGGCGGUUGGGCUUUGACCGCCUGGAGGAAGUGCAACGGCGUCUUCAGAACAUGCGAUCCAUGGAAGGCAGGAGAGGCUUGCGACGUGCCGUCCGGGCCGCUGAACCCCCUGCACUGUUGCCGCCGUUCCCGGCAGAGCAGAAUCCUCCAUUUCAAGCAGAGAACGCGCGAAAGAUGUGGCCCAGUCCGGCGGACAAAAGUGAGCCAAAUGGGCAGGACCAGUUGAUACGAUACGAAGAGCAUGAUCAGCAGGUUCGUUGCACGAACUUAAUCUUCAUCGAUCUGGAAACCACCUCUGGCUUCUAUGACUUCGAAGAGAUGCCGCAGAUUCUGGAGGUGGCCAUGAUCAUCACCGACAGACAUCUUAACGAACUAGACCGCGGACACUGGGUCGUUGGUGGGUUCAGCCGAAAGGACCUGGAAAGUCUUGGAGAGUUUCACAAGGCGAACUUUCGAGAUUCUGAACCUGGAGGCAGCUUUCCACCUUUGAUGGGCUACGGUGGUGGCAAUGGUCUCUUCUCCGACAUACUAGCAUCCGCGCUGUCUAUUGAGCAAGUUGAGAACCAGAUCAUGCAGAUCGUGGUGCAGCACUGCCCUCCUGGCGAGUGCCCAUUGGUUGGAUACUCGGUUCAAUGUGACCGAGAAGUGAUCAAGGACAAGAUGCCCAGGCUGUACCGCCACCUGAGCCACCAAAUCGUGGACGUUUCCAGUUUCUUCAUCGUUUCUCGCCUCUGGCUGCCCGAGCACUGGCAAUAUUGGGACCGGAAGUCCAGCACCUAUAAUCACAGAGCUGUGAACGACGUGGAAGAUGCGAUCGAAGCUCUAAGAUGGGUGCGGCAGAAGUUCUUUUCCGAGAGCCUGCUUCCGUUUGGAGCAGCGAAAGAGACUCUUCCAACAGCGGCUUCUCUUCUCUGA